AUAAUACUGUGUAUGCUUAAUCGUGGAUUAUUUAUUUCUUUUUUUAUUAAUGAAUUAGAUAUCAGUUAUCAAAGAAAUUUAAGAAAAACAGAAUAUAAGCGUUGAACAUUUGAAUUUUUGUAAAUAUCAUUGGCUGAAAAAUACAGAUGGCAUGCAUUCGUUUCCUUGGAUACGAUAAAGAACCACAACAAGUAUCGCAUAGUUCAGACAUAAUAGAGUGGCAUAGUACGAGCAUAGUAAGCUAUCCUAAUAUAACAAUUUUGUUCCAGUAUCAGUGAUCGCGCUUUUAAACAAAAUGGGUCUUUUAUCUAUUUUGCGAAAAUUACGUUCUAAUCCGGAAAAAGAAUUACGCCUUUUACUUUUAGGCUUGGAUAAUGCUGGAAAAACAACGAUUUUAAAAUCAUUGGCUAACGAGGAUAUUACACAGGUAACACCCACGCAAGGCUUCAAUAUAAAAAGCGUACAAAGCGAAGGAUUUAAAUUAAAUGUUUGGGAUAUAGGUGGUGCAAGAAAGAUUCGGCCCUAUUGGCGAAAUUAUUUCGAAAAUACCGACGUUCUCAUUUAUGUAGUAGACAGUGCCGAUAUCACAAGAUUAGAAGAAACAGGUCAGGAACUUUCAGAGCUAUUAUUGGAGGAGAAACUCAGUGGUGUUCCAUUGCUGGUAUACGCGAAUAAACAGGAUUUAAGUCAUUCAGUGACAGCAGCGGAAAUAGCCGAGGGUCUAGGACUUUACAACAUCAAAGAUCGCGAUUGGCAGAUACAAUCUUGCGUUGCAACCGAGGGAAAGGGUGUUAAAGAAGGCCUGGAGUGGGCGUGUAAGAAUAUGAAAAAGAAAUAAUGAUCAUCUCUACGAUCUAUACAGCUUCUUCUACUUAUAUUCCACUUAUUAUUUAUUUAUUGCUUUUAUCUAAUAUUUACAAGAAGACAUUGACAAAAUGCUUUUUAUAUUAUUAUUAUUAUUAUUAUUAAGUUCACUUAGAUCGCUCCGAUAUUUUUUCCUCUGAUUUUAGCGAUCGUAUUUUUGUUGCAUUGCUUUAUAUUUCAAAUAAAGUACGAUGACUUAAGAUCAAUUACUUACAGAAAAUACGAAUUAGCAAUAAGUUUGAUAAAAUAAAGUUAAUAAGAAUAUAAACUAUAUAUAUAUAUGUAUUCCAGUUAAAUUAAGCUAAUAGCUUUCGUACUAUUGUGAAAGGAUAAAUAUAAUAAACGAAGAUGGUAAUU